AUGGCGGAGGAGGAUACGGCAACGGCGCAGGAGCAUACGGCAACAAAGCGGAAAAUGCACAAUGCCUCGCCACAGGAACCUGCGAGGAGACGGGACGGGUCAUGGGCAAGUCGUAUACCGGCUCAUGUGAAGGUUGAUGUACAGUGA